AGCUCUCACAGGUUGUACGUCUCGCGUGCACGCCAACCAACGCACGCCAACCAACUCUGUGAGUGGAGCAGCAUGCAGCGGAGAGCAACGCCACAGGCCCCGCCAGCACUAGAUGGGACUAAGGGCGCCUCCGUUGCUUCGAGCCGUGCGAGCCGCGCGCCGCCGCCGCGGGCUGCAAUUGACGCGGACGACUUCGAGCCAAGCGCCCGUCUUCGACCGCGAGCUCAAGCUGCGCCACCGCGCGCGCGCCGCCGCCGAGGACGCGGCGGGCGUCGCGUACCUGCGCGAGGCGGCGGCGGCGCGCGUCGUCGGACGCCUGCGCGACGUCGCGGCGCGCGAGGAAAAAAAAACAGCGCUGGACCUCGGCUGCGGCGCGGGCCAUCUCCGCGCGGCGCUCGAGGCGGACGCGGUCGACGGCGACGUCGCGGGCGGGAUCGCGACGCUCGCGCAGUGCGACGCCGCGCCGGAGGCCGUCGCGGCGUGCGCGUCGCGCGCGCCGGCGGCGGGCUUCGCGACGACCGCGGUCGUCGCCGACGAGGAGCGGCCGCUGCCGUUCGACGACGCGAGCUUCGACGCCGUCCUGAGCUCCGGCAGCCUGCACUGGGUGAACGACCUCCCCGGCGCGCUGCGCGAGGUCCGCCGCGUGCUCCGACCCGACGGCGUCUUCAUCGGCGCGCUCGCCGGCGCGGGCACGCUGGGCGAGCUGCAGUACUGUCGGCGCCCGGCGCGGGGGAGGGGCAUAGAGAGGCGACGGCCCGGGGUGAGGGUGGCGGCGCGCGCAGGCCUCGCGGCGGCCGAGGAGGAGCGAACGGGCGGCGUCGCGCCGCGGUGCUCGCCCGCCGCGCGCCUCGCGGACUGCGGCCAGCUCCUCCACCAGGCCGGCUUUAGGCUCAUCACGGUCGACGUGGAGCGCGUGCAGGUCGACUUCGGCGACGCCUUCCUGCUGCUCGACGACCUCCAGCGCAUGGGCGAGCAGCACGCGCCACUCGCGCCGGCGCCGCUCGGCCGCGACGCGCUCCUCGCCGCGGCCGCCGCGUACCAGCACAUGUUCCCGGCGGCCGGAGACGCGACCGCGCUCCGCGCGUCGUUCGAGAUGACGUUCCUCAUCGGCUGGGCGCCCGACACGAACGAGCCAGCGCCUGUGCGGGCCCGGGGCCCAGGAUGAGGCGACCAAUUUCCAACAUCCCUGGGCGGGUCCGUCGACUUGCCCCGGUUGUCCCCUCAUCUGUCCUGUCCGAGUCGUGACGGAGGCGUCGUCCGCCGCCGGCGAUUCUCGAGUCACAAUAGUAAAUUAUAAUGAUUAAUAAAAUCAA